AAUGCACUAACCUGUUAGAGAUGUAUGUAUGUAUGUAUGUAUGUUCGGAUUGUAACCCGCAAUGUUAUACGACGACGUUAUGCUACCAACGUUUUCUGCCGCUCCCACAACAACAACUUUGACUUAUUAUAACAAAUAUCUAACCGGAAAUCUUUUUAGACAAUUAGCAGCGUUGGAGCCAAACGCUUUUCAAUGGUGUCAGAUUUCAUCGAAUUACCAAUCUAACCUCAAUUUUUCAAGUAUAAUAUGUUAUAUGUACUUAAUAAGCAUCUGAGCUAUAAUUUUGAAAUUGAAUAAAUUCAUUAAUAUCUAUAAAGAGUCCGCGUGAGGACUGAUUUGCUUGAAUCCGGUCAAAGGUUAUCAACGCGGCAGUAAUCUCCUAAACUAUUCGUUUAUUGCAGCUGUAACAACAACAAAAACAUAAAUAGUAUAAGAAACAAUUUAUGAAAUUUGCCGAAAAGUUGGCGCGGCGGUUACUUACCUAGUUAGACCACUAGCAAUGCGUUUGGCGCAAAGUCGUCAAUUUUCACAAAACUAAAUACGAGUCAGAAGCGCUUCUAGCAAGCGCUAUUCCACUUUUUGUACGUAAAACACUUAAAAAAUAGGUUGUACUGAAAUUAAACUCAUUUUUCAAAUAAAUUUCAUUAUUUCAUGUUACAAUAAAAUUUUAUAUAAUUGAAAUGCACGCUAUUGUGAAUGUCAUGUAACAUAGAGAAGAGGAAGAUAGUGCAGUUGUGUAAAUAAAUAAAUUUAGCGUGUUUCUACAGAUUUGUCUUUAUUUUAUUUGCUUUCCGUAAUUUCUGUUAAAAACAAUGCUUUCAAAUUUGAUAAUCACCAAUCAACGUUUUGUGGUAAUAAUUGAUGAAACAGCUCAGGAGAAGAUUGCGCACAAUAUACUCUGUCAACUGCUGCGGGAGCAGGGACAAGACGAAAAGUCAACCAUAAAAACACUGCCAUUUAGCACAGAUUUAAAAAAUUGGCCAACAUUCAUUAAUUUCUAUAAAAAAUGCGCAAGUGAUGAAAGUAAAUGUAAUGCCAUUUUGCCACCACUUGCCGAUCUGUUGUGCUAUCAAAGUGUUGAGAAAAUCAUAUAUUUUGUGCAUAGACUCCAACAAUGCGAGCAAGUGCAACGUAUUUUUCUAUGGGUGACUCCGGCAAAUCUAGUGCAUCCACAUGCCGAUUAUUUGGUAGGCGCAUUCGAAUACCAAGCUGAUUUAGUGUUGCACUUGGAGACAAGCAAUACUCUGUCCAUUGUUACACGAAAAACCGGUGGAGGCGUGUCAAACAAAAAAUAUACAUAUACAAAGACAAAAAAUGAAUUCCUAGUUGAGGCAAUACGAAACGUACCAAAGACUACGCCAGCAGCCAAAGCUACUUCAACAACAACUACGAAUACACCAGGUACAACAUUCAAAAUCGAGUUGAAUGAAGAUGAAAUGGUCGCGCGCAAUACACUCAAGUUGCCUUAUGAAAAAACAUCUGAAACCAAUGAAAGUUCAAUUAUCUACACUCCCGAUGAUGGCGAUGAUUUUGAUGAGGAGGAGGAAGAUCCAGAUGAUGAUCUGUGCAUAUAAAGUGUUCCUAAAAUCGCUAUUAUUAUUUAUUAAUUAUGUUUGAAAUAGAAGGAAUGAAUUAGAGUGCUUCAUAAAAGUUUAA